GUGAAAGUGUGUUGAAUAGGUAGCUACCUAAGUUAUAGCUUUCUAUCCUCAUUUUUCUUACUUCUUUCCAUGGCCAUUCAAAUCUCUUCUCUUUUCUUUUCUUCUCUUACAGUUUUUAUCUUCUUCUUCUUCUCCUCCUUGGAGAAGAGCUUUGCCUUUGAAGCAACAAGAGAGGAUACAGAAAGCAACAAUCUUCAUCUUCUUCAUCUCAACUCUCUUCUUCCAUCAUCCUCUUGCAGCUCUUCCAUCAAAGGUUCGAAAAGAAAAGGAUCAUUGGAAGUGGUGCACAAAUAUGGGCCAUGCUCCCAACAGAAUGAUGGUGAGAGAAAGGUUACAGACAGUGAUAUUCUGAAUUUGGACAAAGAAAGGGUAAAAUACAUUCAUUCUAGAAUCUCUAAGGAGUUGGGUGGUGAUGACAGUGUGAAAGAACUUGAUUCAGCAACCCUACCAGCUAAAUCUGGUAGCCUUAUUGGGUCAGGAAACUACUUUGUUGUGGUUGGUCUUGGAACACCAAAGAGGGACCUGUCACUCAUUUUUGACACUGGUAGUGAUCUCACUUGGACUCAGUGUCAACCUUGUGCUCGUUCUUGCUACGAACAACAAGAUCCAAUCUUUGAUCCAUCCAAGUCUCGAACAUAUGCCAACAUCACAUGCACAUCCACACUCUGCACUCAACUCUCUUCUGCCACGGGAAAUGAUCCUGGAUGUUCUGCUUCCACAAAGGCAUGCAUAUAUGGCAUUCAAUAUGGUGAUCAAUCCUUCUCCGUUGGCUACUUCAGCCGUGAGCGUCUCACCGUAACCACCACCGACGUCAUCGACAACUUCCUCUUCGGAUGUGGUCAGAACAACCAGGGUCUCUUCGGUGGCUCCGCCGGUCUCAUCGGCCUCGGCCGCCACCCCAUCUCUUUCGUCCAACAAACCGCCUCAAAGUACAACAAAAUCUUCUCCUACUGCCUCCCUUCCACCUCUAGCUCCACCGGCCACCUCACCUUUGGCGGCGGCGCCUAUCGCAAGCUCCUCUACACCCCAUUCUCCACCAUUUCUCGCGGCUCCUCCUUCUACGGUCUCGACAUCGUUUCCAUCACUGUCUCUGGUGCCAAACUCUCUCUCACUCCCUCCCUCUUUUCGAGCGGCGGUGCCAUCAUCGACUCCGGCACCGUCAUCACGCGCCUCCCCCCCACUGCCUACGCCGCUCUUCGCUCCGCCUUCCGGCAGGGCAUGUCCAAGUACCCCUCUGCCCCUGAGCUCUCCAUACUCGACACGUGUUACGAUCUCAGCGCGUACAAGGUGAUUUCCAUUCCCAAGAUAAACUUUGUGUUUGGUGGCUCUGUGACAGUGGAGUUGCAGCCCCAAGGCAUACUCUAUGUGGCCAGCACAAAGCAAGUUUGUUUGGCUUUUGCUGCCAAUGGUGAUGACAGUGAUGUCACCAUUUUCGGAAACGUGCAACAGAGAACCCUAGAGGUUGUAUAUGAUCUUGGAAAUGGCAAGAUAGGGUUUGGUGCUGGUGGGUGCAAGUGAAAAGACUGUCUUUUUUUUGUACUCCAACCACACCAUUUACUAUUAGGUGGGUGCAAUCUCUCUUUUUCAACCUAUACAUUUGAUAUUAGGUUGUUCCAAUGGAAUGUUUCAUAGGUGGAUUAACCUAAUAACAAAAAGUGUAGGUUGAUGUUAUUAGGGCAAAAGAAGAAAACAAAAGUGAAAUUAUAUUUAGUUAACUAAACAAGUUUUGAGCCAGUUGGGGAGAAAGAAAUCCUAAUUGGCUGAAGCUUUUAUGAUUGUUAUGAUUAGAGUUGUUGUGGGAAAGUUUGAUAGUGACAAAGAAAAGGGAAAAGAAAAAAUAAUGUGGGGGAGAUAGUUAUUUGAAGAUGUAAAAUAAUGUGUAACAUGUCGUGUUGUAUUAACUUUCAAGUUGUGCGAUUGCUUGCAAUUGUACAUAUAGAUCAUGUGUAAGGUGAAAGAAGUAUAAACUUGUUCUUGCUAUUAAUUAAACCUUUUGUUCAAUAAAGACAACAUGUCUUUUGUUUUGUUA